AUGGGACGACGGGACGCCGACGAUGCGUCGCCGGCGUCGACGGGGGAGGACGUCGUGGUGAAUCCGGCGUUGGCGCGUCGACGGGGCGCGGGUGGCGGGACGCGGGGGACGGGCGGUUCGGGGACGUCGGGAACGGACGCGGCGUCGGCGUCGAUGCGCGAGCGGUCGUGGGACGACGCGUCGAGCUGGGAAGGAGAGGCGUCGUACGGAAGAAGUGUGAGCGACGGGUUCGAAGGGUUCGCGUCGAGAACGAGCGAGGAGCCGCGAGAGGACGACGCGGCGAGCGAUGGGCGAGGCGUGCGCAGAGUGAGUUCGUGGUUUCUAGAGAGCGACGACUCAGGGAGAGGUGAGAAGAAAACGAAACGGCGUCCGUCUUCGUCGAUGUCAAAGACGCAGGCUGCUGCUUCGGCGGCGCCCGAGGAGCCGAGAAGGGCAUCGAACGCGGCGUCCGCGAAGACGUUGCUCGCGGCUUCGUCGCAACCACAUACGCCCCGCUCCGAUACGUUCGGCUCGAAACGGUUGCAGGAAGAGGAUGAGCGCGUUUGGCGCUUCAUUUUGUGUCAUCCAGCGAGUCCGCACGCGAGAGCCGUCACGAGGGUCGUGAAUCUGCUCAUUUUAGUUGUCGCAUUCAUCGAGCCCGCAUCUUUGGCGUUCCGAAACGAACGCCGGGAAGUACUGUCCAAUUAUCAAUGGAUCGACGUCAUCGAGAUUCUAUUCUCGAUCGUGUUCUGUGUGGACAUAUUUAUGAACUUUUUCAGGCCGUUGGAGAAGUACGGGAAACUCGUCUGGGAUAUGAAAAAAAUCGCAAAAGAGUAUCUGAGGGGCUGGUUCGUUCUGGACUUUCUCUCGUCGCUUCCAUUCGAUCUCAUGUUUAUUUCCAAAACGCACGAUAACAGAGAUGUAUCGCGCGUGAUUGCCGGCUUGGGAUUGUUACGUUUACUGCGCAUGUAUCGAGUGCGACGAAUGAUGAGCGAAUUCGAGAGAAACUCAAAUCUUCCAUACCUAGUAUUACUCAGCAUCAAGUUCGCGUUGCUCAUCGGUCUGGCGGCGCACUGGAGCGCUUGUCUUCUCUACUACAUCGCGCGCAUCCAGGAGUUCAACGAGAACACCUGGGUGUACGCUGUCGAUCCAGAACUUCCAAACAUGGCGUUUUACGACGUGUACACGACGGCUUUAUACUGGUCCGUCGUCACGCUCACGACGGUGGGCUACGGUGACAUAAGUCCGGUGAGCACUAGCGAGCGUGCGGUCGCCAUGGUCGUCAUGAUCAUGAACAUGGGUGUCACGGCGUACAUCUUGGGUAACGUGACGCAACUAGUGACGAAAGAGGACGCCACAAUUAUGGCAUUCCGCGACCACACGGGCGCACUUCAGCGCUUCAUGCGAAGGAAUGAUAUUCCAGACGCGGUUCGACAGAAGGUUGAUGCGCACAUCCAGCUCGAGUUUGAGAUGGGCUGCCGCGACGAUGAAAAAGUACUGAAUUUUUGUCCAUCAACAAUUCAGUCCGAGCUAAGGCACGCACUGUACCAGCAGUACGUCCAAGAGAGCCCCAUAUUCAGAGAAGUUUCGCCUGUCUUUAUCCAACACUUUUUGGAGUGCAUCACAGUGGAAUAUUUUCAUCCAGGAACUUUGUUGACGUGCGAAGGCUUAGACGCCACAGCAAUGUUCUACCUAUGCCUUGGCAAGGUGGACAUCGUUUCUGAGGACUAUUUGACCAAUUCUACGCUUGCAAACAAGAUUGAAACCGUUUUCCCCGGAGAAUGGUUGAAUAUUGCCGCCGUUCUUUGCGGUAAGACUUGCUUUCACACCAGCGUCGUGCAGUCAACGUGCAAGCUCCUCGUCGUCUCAACGAACAAACUGCAAGACGUACUGCGACGGUUCCCUAUAGAUACAAAGCACAUCAUGAAAGAUCUCCUGAUACAAUACCGGGACGAGAUGAAAGAGUGCCGAUCGCAAGACAGCCGUGGAUCUCUGUACGCUGCAUUCAUCAACGCGCUCGAGACGAAGCGCUCGGAGCUGAACGAGGUGGAACUGCAUCAGCUCACUCUGGCAUGCGUCACCGGAGAUGUCGCGGACCUGGACAUGGCUCUCAACGAUAAUCCACAGUCCGUUCACCUCACGGAUGCGGCGGGAAGAACGUUACUCAUGACAGCGGUCGAAAAUAAGCAAAAAGAAGUAGUGAAGCUCCUUCUCAGGCGCGGUGCAGAUCCAAACACUUUGAGUAAGGCCGGAUUUUCAGCCCUCUCACGCGCGGUAUCUGUGGCGAGCCUUGAGUUGGUGAAGCUCCUCGUAUCCGCCGGUGGUGUCUUCACGGAACCAAGCGAGCAAGUGAGCGUGCACAAUGCAAUCGCGCAGGGUCAAAUUCAACACCUCAAACUGUUGGUGGAAGCUGGAGUGUGCCUGCACAACCAAGACUACAACGGGAGUACGGGGCUUCACGUUGCGGCGCGCACAGGAUCAAAUGCAGCUAUCGAAAUAUUGCACCGGGCCGGACUCGAAGAUACGUUUGUCGAUAAGGAUGGUCGAACGGCGUUGGAUGUUGCCGAGAUCUCGGGUAACCCGGGAUCGGUUAAGCUUCUCAAGGAUAUGCAGAUCUCGAGCCACACGAAGUCAGAGCCGAGAGAAGACUGA